AUGCCGGGCCAAGGGCCCAACCAGUCCACCACCUCUCCAGACCUCAGCCAGCCGGACCCCUACGCGCCCUGUCCGGAGGCCUUCAGGAAGGAGGACCUGGACAUCAAGGAUCUCAAAUCAGUCGAUAGCAACGCUGAUGACGAGGACCUCUCCCCGGAGCAGAAGAUGGAGCGGGAGAAGGAGCGGAGGAUGGCCAACAACGCCCGCGAGCGUCUGCGCGUGCGUGACAUCAACGAGGCCUUCAAGGAGCUGGGCCGGAUGGUGCAGCUGCACCUGAAGAGCGACAAGCCCCAGACCAAGCUCCUGAUCCUGCACCAGGCGGUGGCAGUGAUACUGAGCCUGGAGCAGCAAGUCAGAGAGCGAAACCUGAACCCCAAGGCGGCCUGCCUGAAGCGGCGAGAGGAGGAGAAGAUAUCCGUGCCGACGGACGGAACACCCCUGUCGCUAGCAGCCGCCCACCACGCGGCGGUUGCCAUGGGCGACGGCUCCAACGCCAUGGGACAAAUGUCCAAGCUGCCAGAGUUCAUCAAGAUGAUGAGUGACCAUUUCCUCUGACGGCCUUCCCAUGUCCUGGCACUCGAUCGAAACCAUUGACCAACCUUUGACUCCUCGGCCUGGCCCCACCCCCUGCUCUUUCUUCUCCAAUCACGUUUCUCCUCCACCUUCAGUUGUUCUUCUCCAGACUGCGGCCGUGGUUGAUCACAUCUCGGGGGAACCAAUCAGGAAGCUUAUUACAGGAGAGGGAUGAAAAAAGGAAAACUGUUACAAAAUGACAGCCGGAAAUUGACAGUUUGUGGGAGUUUUGACAUGAAAAUACAUAAAUCCUGGUAAAGAGAACCCUACAACUCUUUUUCAGCAUUCCUUCUUUUAAGGAACAGUAACCGUUCUCAUCUAUGUAUAAAAAAAAAAAAGGAAAGGUGUUCAUGAGUUGAGCGUGGUCUGCUGAUGACAGAACAAGACAUAUCAUGAGACAAACACACGGAGAGUCAGUCCGUCACUCCUGGAAGAGGCCAGGAGCCAUCCACUCAGAGAGAGGAGGA